UAGCCUAGGCUUAGGCUAUGCAGUAUGCAGCUAUUCAUGAUUUACUCACUCUGAAAAGAAGAUUCGCACUCUUGUGCUCCAAAUCUAGAUUCUGGAUCUCUAUCUGAUUAUUUUUGAGAAAAAAAAAGACUAUUAUAAAGCAAACAUAUUGUAUAAUUAAGUGGUUUGUUGACAUUUAUUUUACUGGAAUAGAAAAUAUGAACCAGACAAUGACGAAUUCACUCGUUUUUGUUAUUAAUUUAAUAAUUUCACAAUUUUAGCCAACUAUUUUUAGUCUUUCCAAUAUUCUUUAAAAUUAAAUUAUAAUUUUAUCGGUUUUAAUUUAAAGUUAGUCUACUAACUACUGGACCUAGUCUAGAUUCCUAGAAUAAGUCAAGAGAUUAAAGUUCUAGAAUCUAGAUAGAGUCUAGACUAGAUUCUUAGUCUAGGUAGGUAGAUUCCAGAUAUCUAGUCUAGUAGAUAGUUAAGAGUUUAGAUACCUGUAGAUCUACUUGUGGUGAGGAAUGUCGAACCAAGUGCCCCAGAGAGUUAGACGAAAUGGGUCUCCAUCUACCAUCACCAAGCAGGGCCCCAUUAAAGCUGUAAAAGUAUUUUCCUUGAAACAAGGAACCGAUGUUCUUCAUAAGCCUACUUCUACAUCGCCUAGAGAUAGCCAAAAAUUAUUAUCAAGCAAAUCCCCUGACAACAGAAUCUCACCUGAAGAAGGCACCAGUCCUGCAGGAUCAGUUCUAUUAUCACUUACUGCUGCAGCAAAAUCCCAAUCUCCAACCAGCCCAGGCAGCUUUUAUCAUAGUAAUCCAACCAGCAUUAAAAUCAAAGAAAGAAGUAAAGGACAUAGACAAAGCCCAGUUCCUGGAAAAUGGAGAGCAAGUUCUGCAGAUGCAGUUGUUCCAACCUACUUAACAGGACAGUGGCCCAAGGAUAUCAACAGCUAUCACUGCUCUCAUUCCGAUGGAGUUUUUAUGUCUGAUAAAUCAACUCAGACUGUAGCUGAAUGGGAAGGCAAACCUGAAAAGAAAAAAAAGGUGCAUAAAAGAUCUGCAUCAUUUGGUCAAGGAGAUCAGUUAAAGCUCCAGUUCAUCAAACAUCAUUUACAAAAAUCCAAAGAAGGCUGUAAACAGAAUGACGUCAAGCAGCGUUCCAGUCCAAUCCCAGGGAAACAUUCAGCCCUUUCACUCACAGCACCACCAGCCCUUUGUUCUCUUCAAACCAAAACUGUGUUGACCUCAUCAGGAAACAUUCCUAGGCAUAAUAUGAACAGAUAUCAAAGAAACAGUGUAGAGGGGUUGAAUAUGGAGAUUGAAAAGCUAGUUUCCAGUGUAAGGGGUGUGCAUAUUAAUGGCAUUGAUGGGGAUGAAACAGAUGUUUUUAGGGAAAUACCAGAUGGACAUCGAGCACCAGUCCCUGAAAUUUCCCAUUUAAGUUGUACUCGAAGUAUAGACACUCAGACUCCUUUAGACAACAUCACAGCAUCCACCACAACAGCUGCUACAGCAAGCAGACCUGCCUCAAUAAGUCCCUCUUUACGUCCAAGAAGUGGAGAGGGUCUGUAUUUAGGUGGAAGCAGAUCUGAAUCAACAGACAGCAAGUCUAGCAAAGAUUCUGAACCUUACACCAUUUCUAGUCCAAAGACUUCUUGUCCAUUUGUUAGACAACCACCAGAUGGCUGGGAAAACAUAACAAUACUAGAAGAAUCAAGAAGACCACAGAUCAAAGAACCAAUGCUCUUCUCUCCGGUUAAGCCGAACCAGUUUGUGUUUAAGCCCAGUCAAGGCUCAGCAUUUUAUCCCCUGAUGAAGAGCUAUCUGGUGGACAGUGAGUUCACACACGGCUACACCGGCUCACAGUCUCCUGUCUUGUCGUCUGGCUUUGAUGGUUGAAGUUCAGCAUAACAAAGUUACACACAAUUUAUGGGUAUAUUUUGAUAUUCAAUGCCUUACCUGAAUCAAAGAUUUGACUUUGCUCUUUCCAUAAAUAUUUUAUUUUAAAAGAUUCUCAUUCUACCAUUUAUAGCACAAGCUGUUUUUUUUUCAAAGUGUUUUUUUAUAACUGGGUGUUAAAGAUUGACUUGAUGAUUUUGUCUGUUUCACCUUGCCAUAUUUAAAACUUCCAAUUUGUUACAGCUUAUCAAAGAUCUGUAUUAUAACAUUUUGCCAUACAUUAUUUUUCCAUGUAGCUUUCACUUCUGUACAGAGGCGUAGCAAUUGGGGGGGGGGGGGUACAUAUGUCCCCGGGCGCCGACCUUAGGGGGCGCCAAAAUGGGUUGUAAAAUCAAAUUAAAAUGUCAUUUUAGCUGCAUUUUUGCAUUAUAAAUAGUUUGAGGGGGGGGGGGGUGCAAAUUGAAAGUUUGUCCCCGGGCGCCGGGAAAGGUCGCUACGCCUCUUCUUCUGUAUACAGUCCGUACCAUUAGCUCUUUUAUGUUGAAAAAAAAUUAAAACAGGCUCAUAUUCGAUUAACAAUAAAUAUUUCAUUAAAUAAAACUUCAUUUAAUUUUAUGCCUCAGUGAGUAAACUAAUAGUGAUAUGAACAUAUUUUAAACAUGACUUUACGAACGCCUCAAACUUUACAAUUCUUUGUGUGUAAGAUAGUGAAAGAAGUGAUAGUCUUGUUACUAGAUCAAUCUUUCUGUUCAGUAGCAAUGUUUUCAGUGUUAUUAAAAAAAAUAAUUGCCCUUUCGUAUUUCCUUAAUACAUUUGAUAUACUUAUUUUACUUUAUUGUAAUUUACUAUUUGAAAAUUUUUGAAUGUAAAAUAUAUAAGAGCUAAUGGUUAGUGUUUUAUUAUUACGAUAGUUUCAGUCUGUGAUUUGAGUCUAGAAAUCUCUAUUUUAUCCUGCAAUUAUUUUUUUUUUAACAUUUUCUCUUGAAAGUGAAAUAAUGAAAUUAUUUGAAGGAGACAAAAAUUGCUUUCAAGACAUGAUUACUAAUGUCUACAACAAAAUUCAGGUAUUAUAAUUCAUGUAAGUAUUUUGUCAGCUAUGCUAAAACAUAUUAAAACCUUUUUAUCAAGACUAACAAAACAAACACAUGUGGUUUUACCUUAGGUCUUAAAAUAAACUAGCUUCCAGGUGUGAAAACAAAAGAUGUCACAUGCCCUAGUAGAGGAUAAUUACUUGCAUUGGGAUUUUUCUGAACAAUUAUUUUCCCUUAAUACGUUAACACUUAAGAUUUGACUUUUUUUAAAUAUUUGAUUUCAUUGAAGGGAAACAUGGAAACAUUUAAGUGUUCGGUUAGUAAUAAUGUGUUCUAAAUUUUAUAACAACUCAAAAUCAUUUAGGGUAUUUGAAAUAACUCCCAUAAUUAAGUGCAUUUGCUAGCAAUGUCAGUAAACAUUUAUUUUUAAAGGUUAUUUUUUUCAAAACAGUAUUUCAAAAAUUCUUCAAAAACCAUUGUUUCAUCUUUUUGAAACUAUGUUUGUGUUUCCCAUAUUAAAUCUUGAGUGAAGUUUUCUUUUUCCAUUGACGUAAUUCAUGUAUUAGAAACUUUGUAAGCAAAUAUUCAAAGCUGGAAAGUUGUAUGGACUUAAAUAUCAGGGACAUAAAUCAAAAUCUGUAACGUUCCAUCCUAAAUAAAAUAUAUGAAGUUUUUAAAUGUUUAAUGGCCCUCAAACAACUUACAAAAUAUUUAUUUUCUCAAAAACUACAUUUAAACAUGGAGAAUAUAUAAUAUAUAUACAGUUAAGCCUACCAAGAAAAUGGCAACUUUGGGGUAAUUUUAAAAUAGGCAAGUAACUAUUGAUCAUAAUAUUGCAAUACAUGUUUAUUUUUAUUUUUUCAAACCUCUUUCAUUCACUCAUAUUUUGUAUUAGUUAGAAUGAGCUUUAGUUUUAGCUCAUGUUCAUACAAAAAAAAAUAGGGUCUGAUAAAACAGCCAUCGGCCCCCCCAUCUCCUCAACUAAUGUAUUUCAACUGAAAUGAAAACUUUUAUGCACUACCUUUUCUAAAAAAAAUAUUUUCGUAUCCAAAGUUUUUAUUACUCUUCUGUUUAUUGAUGCGUGUGAAGGGGAAACAUUAUUGCUCUGCUUAACUUUUUAGUCUUCCCCAGUAAAUUCGUAGUGAUUUGUUAUCAAAUAAUACAGUGAACAACCAGCAUAAUAUCACACAUUGCUUGUUUGUAAGCUAGAAUCUAUUCAUUCUGGGAACAAUUUACUCUAUUUGGAUGAAGUUUUAAAAAAUUAAUAAUUAUUAACAGUGCUAGAAAUAGUUUGAAUUUUAAGUGGUUGUUGGAAAAAUGUGUACAUUAUUUUACAUUUUAAGAUUUUGUGUGUUCCUUACAUUUAAAAAAACAAUUUGUUAAACGGUAAGGAAUAAGUGCUUUGUUCAGCAAUUUUUUGGAGUCUUAAAUGUUAGAAUAUUUGUAUUUUCUUUAGCAACUGUUUACGUCUAAUCAAAAGUAUUCACAUACUUUGAAUAGUUUUUUUUUAAAGAAAAUCUAUUGUAAAUAAAUUAGAAUGUAGACAUUAUAUAGUUCUCAUUUUAACAUUCUACAAACUUAUUCUGAACAUAUUUGUAUUCUGGCAUCAGGUUAUUUAAACAAAUCCGCUACCUAUCCUGAUGCAUGAAAUUGUAUGUUAUAGUGCUGACAUGUUGAUUUUCCAUCACAAAGUUUACUUUUUUCCAGCUAAAAGUUCUUUCAAUAUUUAUGGAGUGCAUUUGUCCUCCAUAAAGUACCGUCCAUUGUUGACCCUACACUGUUUGUCCAUUGCUGUUUUAACCACCCCCACUCCCUCCCCCACUGUAUGAAUGGCCAGUGUAUUUAUGUAAUAGUUAGGUCAAAGACUUGUCAGGUGCCAUUGUGUGUGUGGGGGCAGCAGCAGAGGGUAACUAACAUACACACGCAUUUAUAACCUGCUGCACGGCUGACAACUUGGAUGUGAUGAGUGUUACAACAUAAGCAAUCAGUUGACCCAAAUGUUUUAUUUUGCUGGGCUUUUCAUGUGAUAUUCUGUUGUGGAACACUGCUAAUUGUUUUAACACAUGUUUGACUUGUAGUAUGAUAGUACUUAGUACAUUUACUCUUGUAUAAGCAUAUAUUUUUAUUAUGUUAUUAAAAAAUUUGAAAUAAUGGCUGCAAAGGCAAAUGUGAGGCAAGUCAUUAACAUAGUCCUGGUAGUAAUUUUACAAAAAUGUGGUGAUUUCAUUGAUUACUUUAUUGCAUUCUUUUAGUUUAAACUUUUGUGUAAGAGAAUUUCUUGAAGGUUUUGUUUUCAAUGCAGUAUCAUAAUGAUUCAUGUGACUGUUGAAAAACUUUAAUUUGACAGCAAAUCUUUGAUCUCUGUAAACAUUUUUUUUGUAAGAAGCAAAAUAUACUUUUAGUUCUGACCAUUUCUAAAAGUAUACUUUGACCACUGUUUCUAUACCAAUGAAUGACCAAUUACACUUUGAUAUAGUCUGGCAGCUACAUACUUAUUGGGAUCAAUUGGACCACAAUUUUCUGGCCACUGUUUGCUUUUCUAUUUUUCAUAAGCAGAUUUUUGCCAUAUCUACUGAAUGUGUUGGUAGUUUUCUGCAUGCUUUAGUGGACUUGGUUUGCUGAAAUCAUGUCCUGAUGUCACAUAAUAGUUUGUUCACAUAUACUUGUAUGUUGCUAUAUACCAUAGUAUUUUAGUUGAUACAUUUUAUCCCAUCUUUCAUAUGGCAUUUUUAUUUGUGAUAUGCAAUGAGGAUGCAUUUGUUAUGAGGAGGUAAUGAGAAAAUAAAUUCCACGGUUUUCUCAAAUCCCACAAGUGAUGGUAUAUUUGUAUGCUACCCACAUAAAUAUCUUGUUUUAUAUUGUUCAAAGUUAAUUGUUUGAAAUCUAGUUGAAAAAUACAUUUAAAUUAUUUUCUAAA